GAAUAAAUGAUUUUUCUAGAUUGACAAGGAAAAUAUCAAAAAAUGCGUUAAAAUUCUAGUAUUGUAUUAUUUUUUGGCAUAAUUUAAAAAAAUAUAUCAAAAUGUUUAAAGUAGUUAAACUUCUCACCAGUUAUACCCCAUCAUGUAAGAUAAUACAAUCAAGAUCGUUAAUGAAACACAACAUCAAUCAUAUUAUAAGUAAGAAAAUCAUCGAUAGGUAUUUAAGACUUCCAUGGCCAUGCAAUAAAGUUUUAGCUACAUAUUUUUGGAUCGAUGGAUCCGGGAUCAAUAUGAGAUGUAAAGACAGGAUCCUGAAUUGUGUACCUUAUUCUGCAGAAGUAGCUCCAGGAUGGGCUUUUGAUGGUAGUUCAACUGGCCAAGCAACUACUGAUAAGUCAGACACCAGAUUACAAGCAGCUGCUGUUUAUAGGGACCCUUUUCGAAUGGAGCCCCACGUAAUAGUUUUGGCUGAGGUUUACUUAGGAGAUGGCGAUACCCCGGCACCUACUAAUCACCGAAAAAAAUGUUACGACUUGUGUGAAGCGUGGGCAGAAGAAGAACCUUGGUUUGGACUCGAACAAGAGUAUACUAUGUUAGACGUGGAUGGUUGGGGCCUUGGGUGGCCCAAAGGCGGGGGUUUUCCUGCAGUCAAGUAUCAAUAUUCUUACUGUGGAGUUGGAGCUAAGUACAUAGCAGGGCGAGAAGUGUCUGAAGCCCAUGCACGGGCUUGUUUGUACGCCGGCCUUGAUUUUGAAGGCACAAAUGCGGAAGUGAUGUAUGCUUGCUGGGAGUGGCAAAUUGGAACUACCGUAGGCAUUAAAGCUCCAGACGAUUUAUGGGCGUCACGAUUCAUUAUGAGUCGAGUAGCUGAAGAAUAUGGUGUUGACAUUACCUAUCAUCCAAAACCGAUGGGAGCUUUGCACCCUGGUGUAGGCAUGCAUCAUAAUUUCAGUACAAAACGAAUGCGUUCGGAUGGAGGUUAUCAAUUCAUUGAAGAAUGCAUUAAAAAAUUGGAACAAAAUCAUAUGAAACAUAUGAAAGUUUACGGUAACGAUGAGGCAACUAAUCGAAUGAGACUAUCUGGAAGGUUUGAGACUGCUCCAUUUGAAAAGUUUUCAUGGGGAGUAGCCAGUAGGGCGGCUUCAGUCAGAGUACAAAGAAGUGUAAAACAGAAGGGUAAAGGAUUCUUUGAAGACAGGCGGCCUGCUGGUGAUUGUGAUCCAUAUUUAGUAUGUGGACUUUUGAUGGAAACUUGCCUUGGCUCUGGACCAAGUGGCGGUGGCGGAAAAGGGAACCCUUGUAAAAAGUAAUCUAUGGAUGCCAGUAGUUUGUUUUAAGUUGAGUUUGUUUAUUUUGGUUUGUUUUAAUAACCAUAUUUUAUGUACACAUUUUUUCUUAUUAAAUUACCAUGUGUAAUUGA